CCGCUCCGCGCUCGCACGGCAGCCAGCCGGUUAAAUCCCUGUCCAGCCCGGAAUCCCGCCCAGGUUUUGGCUCGCUCUCCCCACGGGCGGGUGCCCUUGGCCGGCCGGGCGGGGCGGAGCGGGCUGCGGCGGCUCGGGGAGCGCUGCCGCCGGUGCCGCGGUGCCGCCGGUGCCGGUGCCGGUGCCGCGCCAUGCGGGUGCCGCUGCCCGCGCUGCUCGGCGGCUCGGCGCUGCUGCUGCUGCUGCUGCGAUGGCGGCGGCGCCGGGCGCUCUGGAGGAAGGUGGCGGAGGCGCAGGAGCGGCAGGAGCUCAGCCUGGUGCGGAUGGAGGCGGCGGCGCGGCGCUUUCGGGAGCAGCAUCCUUCCGUGAACGUGGUCUCCGUCCUCUCUCUGCCUCUGCCGGAGCUCUCCAGGAAGCUCCGAGAUGGCUCCCUGCCUCUGGACCACGUCUUCUAUGCCUACGUGGGCAAGGCCCUCCAACUUGCCACAGAAACCAACUGCAUCACGGAGUUUCUGCAGGAAAGCGAGACCCAGCUCCGCAAAGCCAAGCUGAUGGAGAAGAAAGGUCUGCUCUAUGGGGUGCCUGUCAGCAUCAAAGACUCCAUCGACUGCCAGGGUCAUGACUCCACACUGGGGUUCAUAAAAAACCUCAAUAAACCCGCAGCAGAGGACAGUGUGGUGGUGCAGGUGCUCAAGAGACAGGGGGCAAUUCCAUUUGUCAAAACCAAUGUUCCCCAGUCCCUCAUCAGCUAUGACUGCAAGAACUUAAUCUUUGGUCAGACCCGCAACCCUCUGAUGUACACCAGAACCCCCGGAGGCUCCUCUGGUGGAGAAGGAGCACUUGUAGGAGGUGGUGGGUCCAUCUUGGGCAUUGGGACAGAUGUAGGAGGGAGCCUGCGUUUUCCUGCUGCCUUCUGUGGGAUCUGUGCAAUCAAACCCACAGGGAAGAGACUCAGCAAAAGAGGAGUAAUGGCUGGAGUCGUUGGGCAGAAGGCAGUGGCUGCAGCAGUGGGACCACUGGCAAAAGACGUGGAGAGCCUGGCGCUGUGCCUGCGGGCGCUGCUGAGCGAGGACAUGUUCAGCCUGGACAGCACAGUGCCACCCCUCCCCUUCAAUGAAGAGGUGUAUUCCAGCACAAAACCCCUCCGCAUAGGCUACUAUGAAACCGAUUUCUUCACCAUGCCCAGCCCGGCCAUGCGACGCGCCGUCCGCGAGACCAAGCAGCUCCUGGAGGAGGCUGGCCACACGCUGGUGCCCUUUGAACUCACAAAUGUGGACUACGUGAUGUUUAACUACUGUGUCAGGGGAAUGUUCGCAGAUGGAGGCAGCUCCUUUGUCAGGAAAUUCAAAGGGGAGAUGGAGAAAGGCGGCACGAAGCUGUUCUUCUGGCUGGCAAAGGCACCACACUGGCUGAAAACUCUCCUCUCCUGGAUUUCCAAACCUUUCGUGCCUCGAUUUUCAAGUAUCAUAAGAAGUAUGAAAGAAAACACAGUGGAUGAAGUCUGGAGCCUUCAUCAUGAAAUCGAGGACUUUUGCCACCAGUUCAUUGCCCAGUGGAAGAAGUUGAAUCUGGAUGUCAUGCUGUGCCCCAUGCUGGGCCCGGCCCUGGGCAUCGGCUACCCUGCCAAGCUCUCAGUGGCAGUCAGCUACACCAUGCUCUACAACGCCUUGGACUUCCCCGCGGGCGUUGUCCCUGUCACGCUGGUGACGGACGAGGACGAGGAGCAGCUGAAGGGCUACAGGGGAUACUAUCAGGACUGGUGGGACCGGACCCUGGCGAAGGCUUUCCGUGGCAGUGUGGGGAUGCCCGUGGCCGUGCAGUGCGUGGCCCUGCCGUGGCAGGAGGAGCUGUGCCUGCGCUUCAUGAAGGAGGUGGAGACCCUCAGCCUGAAGAAGAACAGUUUCUUCUGAGCCCCGGGUGCUCAUGCAGAGCAACACCCCAGCUGACAGCAGCAUGGGCCAUCCUUUGGUGUGACCCAGAGGACUCUGGUGCCCCUCAGUGAGGAUGCAGUGGUGGCUGGGCUGGCUGCUGGAUUUGGGAGCAAGAGGAAAGCAAGGCGAGCUCUGAUGAGGUGGAGCUCUUCCAAUCAUUGUCCUAACAUAGUGCUUUUUAUUAUCUGA